AUUGUCAAUGUCACACCAACAACAAACGCAGUAUUCAAUAGCAAUGUAACCAAAAAUAGAUACAAAAUGAGUGCUAUCCUAAAAUUUAUCCGUGAAAACCAUAUUUUGGCGGUCAUAGAACAAGCUAUCGCAAAGAAGAAGUCCCGUUUAAGUUUAAAUUCGUUUGAAAUUACCGAAAUACCUGCACUUCUAUACACUUGCCUUGAUGUGGAACAUCUUUAUCUCCAUAUUAAUAAUAUAACAACAGUGCCAGUGCAGAUCACUCAGCUGUUAAACUUAACUACUUUGACCCUCGAUUAUAACAACAUAAAUUCAUUGCCGGCGGAAAUCGGUAACUUGAAAAAUUUAGUUAACUUGAACAUUAGUUACAAUCCUCUGAAAGUGUUGAUACCUGAGAUUGGAGAACUCGAAAACCUCGAGGCUUUCUGGUGCAACAGGAUACAAUUGAAAGAAUUGCCGAAGGAGAUUGGAAAAUUGUUGAAAUUGGACACAUUGGGGGCCCGAGGUAAUGAAUUGAAGACAAUCCCGGAAGAAAUGACCAGGCUCACAAAGUUAAGAUGGUUAACUUUAGAGCACAAUCAGAUAGAAACUUUGCCGUCGGGUAUGAGGAAUAUGGAAUCGUUGGUUCACUGUAACCUUCGGCAUAACAGGCUCAGAGAGUUUCCUGACGACUUGUUGGAAUGCAACGACUUGAUGUUCUUGCAGCUAAAUAAUAAUCAGAUAUCGAGUUUACCGGAGGAUUUCAAUACAAAUGCAAUGCCAGUGCUGGAAAUGAUUGAUCUGAGACACAACCCGAUAUGUCAAUUGACACAUUUGGAACAUCCUUUAAUCCGUUAUACCGAAGAACUGCCAACAAGUGACAUAAUACAAGAGCUGCCGUCUUCAAGUAGUCGUGGUCACGUCGUGCCUCAUGGAGCCCAGGCGUUGGCGGUGAACGCGACGGCUCUUAGACUACCCGCGGUGCCCGCGCCACGACAUCCCGACCCGCUCAUGAUUGAUAUGGAGUUAGACGCGUCAUCGAUAGAAUCAUCAGAAGAUUGGGAGAAUAGCGUUAACAGCUCGGAACUGGAUGUUCAGUAUCAGAGCGACGACGAACGCAUCGACAACGAGAUCGCACAUUUCUUUCAGGCGGUCGGCAUGGUGUUGCCAGAACUAUCGCGAUACGCGUCCACUGCGAGCUAAAUUUUAACAGCUGGCAACAUAUACACUAUUUCAGCGCAAAAAUAUAUUUUAAGAAUCAUUUCUGUUGUGAUAUUUUAUUUUCCAUAAUAUGUAAAUAAAAAAUUGGCUUUUUUCGGGUUAAUUUGUAAAAUAUGACAGUAAUUUUUGUCAUGGCACAAUUUAGUUUUUAAGGUUUUUUUUAUGUCUAAAUAUCCUUGGUUUUGGGCUUUAAGAAUUUUAGCAUCCUUGUUUAGAAUUAUAUACGUCUAAUGACAUAUUUUUUAUUCAUUUAAUCUCAUUUUAUGUAUUAUAAUCUGUUAUUAUGUAUAUAUACAUAUAUAUAUAAUAAUAUUAUAUUUAAAUAAUAAUUAUGAAGUUCUAUCACCAAUAUCGGAAUGGUUGCGUGAUUUUAAUGGCCCUUUAAUGUCAUUAUAAAAAAAAAACAAUAAUCUUAUUCUAUAUCGACAGUUAAAAGAAUUUCACUGCCAAAGAAUAUUUAAUCAUCAAAAUGAUAUAAAUAUUAUAUCAGAGGAAUCUCAAAAAAUAUCAAUUCUUCAUAAUUAUUAUUAUAUUAAUAGAAUAAAUGUUUAUAAUCUUAAUAAAUAUACGAGUAUACAAUCUGUAUUGUAAGUUAAUAACUAUACGUAGUUAUUUUAGAACAUUUAUAUACUUAUAUAUAUUUCUGUCUAGAUUGAAAUCGAAGCGGCUUUAAAUAUAACCGUAAUAUGUAAUAACCCUGUGGCGUAAAAAAUAUAUCCUCUAAAAUAUGAUAAUUACGAAUAUAAACAUAAUAUUUUAAUUCUGCCUAUAGAAAUAUUAAAUUAAUUUUUAUAAUACAAUGAGGAUUCUUAAAUUGAAAAUAAAUCACAUUUUUGAACGUUAACUUUCAUAUGGCGCCAAAUUUGAGGUAUGUAAAUGUCAAUUUGACCAAAUUUGUUGUCAAAAAAUAUAUAAUUGGAAAUUUUGAAUGUAAUGUUGUAAAUAUGCGACAAAUAAUUAAAAUAAUGCUUAGAAAUCCAAUUACAAAUUGAAUAUAGAUGUGUUUAACGUCCUGCCAAAUAAAAGACAUAAUAUUCGU